AGGAGCGCGAGCACCCGUCCGAGUUCCUCGUCGCCUGGCGCGACGGCCGCCCGCCCACGUGGGUCGCGGCGGGCGAGGUCUGGCGCGCGUCGGGCAGCAGAGGGGCCAUGGCCGCCACCUGCGGCCUCUUCGUGGAGCUCCGCAAGGGCGCGGGCGCGAGCGCGGCGGCGGUGUCCAGGUGCCUGCAGCGAGGCGCCGACCUCACCGCGGUGGACGGCGAGGGGUCUCCGGCGCUGCUGGUGGCGGUGUGCGCCGGCGCCGCGCCAGAGGCGGUGUCCCGGCUCCUGGACGCCGGGGCGUGCCCGGACGCCAGCGGCCGCUUCGGCGCGACGCCGCUGCAGGAGGCCGCCUCGCGCCUCCGCGGCGCGGGCGACGCUGCCGCGGCCGCGGCCUGCAGCGCGUCGGCGGAGCUGCUGCGCCAGCACGGGGCGGCCGAGCCCCCCGAGGAGCCGCGGGCCGAGCGCCUCUCGCGGCUGCGCGGGGCCUUUGGGUGCCGCUUGCUCGGGCCACUGCUGCAG